UUUCCAAUGAUUUUAAUAAAACAAGUGUGAUAACUAAAUUAAACAGAAAAAUUUUCAUUGAUAAUGGUAAUGUUUGUGUCAGAAAUGGAUCUGAUGAAAAUAAAUUGCAACAAUUAUCAAACGAGGUCAUAUAUAGAAAUAGUAUUUAUACUUCAUCUGUUUUUAAUAUUAUACAAAGUAUGUUUAAGGAAAUCAUUGACCGAGCGGACAUUAAAAAGGUUGCAUCACCUGAUGAUAAGAUUAAACUUAAGAAUAGAGAUCUUUAUGAAUAUAUUCUUCGUCCUAAUGAUAUUUAUGAUGAAAUUUCUUUUGAACAUAAUGAUAUCAUUUCGUGUUGUAUUCCAUUUCCUCAUAUACUCUCAUAUAAACUAUUAAAUAACCAGGAUUUGAUAAUAAUUAGUAUGGAAGCAAUCGAGAUUUUUGCAUUACUAGAUAAAGGUUUUAAAAAUAGAUACUUUUGGAAGAAUAAUGAUUGGAAUGAUAUUUAUAAAAAAUUCGAAAAAGAUCGUAACAGUAUUUACGAUAUUAAUUUUGUUAAUGAGCACUACAAGCCACUUAUUGGAAGAAUUUUAAAAUAUGAAUUUAAUGAUUCAAAAGACUCAAUACCAUUACCAAAUUUUAUGGGGCAAAAUACGAAUCAUAGAA